GGCGCUAGGUUGGCGCUAGGUAUGAGCCUAUGAGGGCACACCGUUUGAAGUAAACGUCCAGGCUGCCGUAUAUCAUACCACCACUCAUGCAGCCGUCUCUAUUGCUACGAACACUACGGGCGGGCGCAUCUCGUCGCCUGCCCUCAACGGGGCGCCGCUAUGCAUCAGGAGGACAUGGACAUGGACAUGGACCGCAAUACAAUGAGCCUACUGGUUGGAUCUUCGGCGAGAAGCCCCCGCCGCCCGGUCAGAAACGCAAGAAGCAGGGUUGGGAGAACCUUUGGUAUGUUGGGAUGUAUGGAGGAAUGGUUCUAGCUGGGGUGCUACUAUACUACAAGCCUGAUACAACAAUUCAGACAUGGGCACUACAAGAAGCUAAGGCCCGUAUGGAGGCUAGAGGCGAGAAGACCGACUAUCCUUGAUGUAUCGCACCAUACUGUCUAGAAUUCUAUAGAGGUUCGCUCGUUGCGCCAGACCUUUCGAUCGACUACAAACAAGAUGCCAUAUUAUUUUGCAAAUAUUGUUACGGUGCUAGAUCUAUCCGCGUGGCCAUCUACUCUAAGUCUGAGGACCCUACUCCGCCAGCCUUCCUAUACGGCAGAUUGCAGUCACCUUAUGACUCGCAGUGCUUCUUGUAGUCCUCUUCGGUCAGGAGAGAUUCAAUCUGCAAUAACAUUUAGCGCAGGUCCAAGCAAAGUGGAUGUCAGAAACGUACCUCAGAAGGGUCAGUAAGUUUGAUCUUGCACAACCAGCCUAAGAUUCCGUCAUUAGUACCUGGCAUGAAGGCUGCUAAUGGAGAGCUCGUUACCAUCGCCUUCCGGUGACUUGUUCAGCAGACCGGGCUGUCCAUUCAGCUCUCCGUUCACCUCCUCCACUGAUCCUGAAAUGGGAGCGUACUACACAUAGGCUUUGUGUCAAUAUAUUCUUUGCUUCGACAAGGGAGCACUCAACUAUAUCUGAUGCCGCCU